AUGGAAACACCGCACACUGAACACUUGACCUCCGAGGACUAUGAAUUUGUUUAUGAGCCAGCGGAGGAUUCGUUUUUAUUGCUAGAUGCUUUAGAAAAGGAUUUGCAGUUUUUAGAAGAACAACAACCACAUUUGUGUGUAGAGAUUGGCUCUGGUUCGGGUGUCAUUAUCACAGCAUUAUCGAAAAAGUUCUCAAACUCUGCCCUCUGUCUGGCCACAGACAUCAAUCCUCGUGCCUGUAAAGCAACUAAGAGCACUGCACUGAAAAAUCAUGCACAAGUGGAGUGCCUAAACUGCAAUUUAACCCAACCGUUGCGCAAACGUUCUGUCGAUUUGCUGGUCUUCAAUCCCCCUUAUGUGGUAACAAGCGAUGAGGAGAUGCAAUUACAAAAUAUUGCAGCAACAGAACGAAAUUUGGUUUAUUCCUGGGCUGGCGGUCAAGAUGGUCGGCGUGUUACUGACAUUCUGCUUAAGCAAUUAGAUGACAUUCUCUCGCCAAAUGGAGUUCUCUAUUUGCUUCUUCUGCGUGAAAACAAACCAGAAGAAAUCAUCAACUAUCUAACUAAAUUACGUUUUAAGGCUGUCAAAUUCAUGGAAAGACGCAUUCCAGGCGAACAUCUGUAUAUACUGAAAGUAACCAGAGUUUCAACAUGAUUUUUACCUACUUGUGCAAUAAAUCAAAAUAAGUAAAACAAA